AUGUUUGAUGAUCAAGAUCUCGGCUUUUUCGCAAAUUUUCUUGGAAUCUUUAUAUUUGUAUUGGUAAUAGCAUUUCACUAUGUGAUGGCUGAUCCAAAAUAUGAGGGCAACUAAUCAUCUCCUCUAAUUUUCUUCACCAUGGAGACAGCUAUAACUUGAUGGAGUUUACACUAUUGUUGGUUUGCGUUAUCUACUCUUCCUUUUGCUACACUACUUUCACUAGAUCAAAACUUUAACCUCUUCAUAGUAUAGAAUGUAUCGCUCGACGGUGAAGACAUUGUUUCCUUCACAAAUGAAGCCUAUUUUAGUGAUUUUAUAAUAGUCUUUGAAUUUUUAUUUUUGUGUCUAA